CCAAACGGCUGCACUGGCGCCCGAACGGCCACGUCGAGAUGCCAAAAGGACCGCGUCUAUGUCGUGCAGUUGCGUCUUCACUCGAACAGCCGCAUCAACGGUGAAUCGACUUGAUGCGACAAGAUUCCGCGUUGAUAAAUGCGAUGCGCUCAAUGCUUCCGAGUGUUUCCUGACGGGAUUUUCUACGAGUUUGAAGGUCGCAAAUACUGCGAACGCGAUUUUCAAGUACUGUUCGCUCCCUGCUGCGGAAAAUGCGGGGAAUUCAUAAUCGGGCGCGUGAUAAAGGCGAUGAAUGCAAACUGGCACCCGUCAUGUUUCCGCUGCCAGGAGUGCAACGUGGAGUUAGCAGAUGCCGGGUUCAUCAAACAUGGUGGUCGUGCGCUCUGCCACACGUGCAAUGCCCGCAUCAAGGCCGACGGUUUGCAGAACUAUAUGUGUCAUAAGUGCCAUGGCGUGAUUGACGGCGAACCGCUCCGGUUCCGUGGCGAGGUGUACCACGGGUACCACUUCACGUGCGCCACGUGCGGCGUCGAGCUCGACCACACCGCACGCGAAGUGAAGCACCGCCCAGGAUACGCUGCCAACGAUGUCAACAACUUAUUCUGCUUGCGAUGCCACGAUAAGAUGGGCAUCCCGAUCUGCGGCGCUUGCCGCCGACCCAUCGAGGAGCGUAUCGUCACUGCCCUUGGCAAGCACUGGCAUGUCGAGCAUUUCGUGUGCGCGAAAUGCGAGAAGCCAUUCCACGGGCAUCGGCACUACGAGAAGAAGGGUCUGGCGUAUUGCGAGCAGCACUAUCACCAGCUUUUCGGCAAUCUCUGCUACGUCUGCAACCAGGUCAUCGCUGGCGACGUGUUCACGGCGCUGAACAAGGCAUGGUGCGUGCACCACUUCGCGUGCGCCGUGUGUGACGCGGCGUUGAGCACACGCACCAAGUUCUACGAGUACGACGAGCGGCCGGCCUGCAAGCGCUGCUACGAGAAGUUCCCCCAGGAGCUACGCCGUCGCCUACGCCGCGCGCACAACUACAACGUGCGCCGUUAGCGACUGGAUGCGGUGGGCGAAGCUUGUAACAGAAUCUUAAUAAAAUAACAGGUGUCCCUACCAGGAAUCACAAUUAUUUAGAAUAUAGAAAAUGUUAACACGUAAUAGUAAUCAAAUUCGCCUAAACAUUUUCAUGUUACAAAACAAGUCCUAGGGAGAUGAGUAAACGUUAAUGCGUUGAAGUUUGCGCUCUGUCUGCGUCCUUAUUUAAUUAAUAAAACAAAUAUUC